CAUCGCUCGAUUUCCCACCCUAUAAAAAACAAAAGGCAAAUCGCAGGUUCAAGGCUAUGGCGGCGGCGAUGCGAUUUGCGGCCAGGAGGCUCACCGGAGGCCAGCGAGCCAAGUCCGUUUACAAAGCCGUCGUCUCGCCGCUGGUUGAGGGUGAGCGUCGCCGGCUGAUGCCAAGGCUUAUCAACGGCGACCGACCUGCGUAUUUUCCUCAAAGAUCUAUGUCCUCGGGCGGCGACGGCGGCAACACCGCUUUGAAGGAACCCUGUGCAAAGCCUGCGCUAGACCUCGACGCCAAGAGAGCAUGGGGCCAUAGUCAGAUAGUUGAAAUCGAGACCAAGAAGCACGACCUCUUCUACCAGCUCGCUGAGCUUGACAGCAGAUUCCCCUCGAGUAACAAGUACUUCCGAGAGAACAGGGAGCUUAUCCACCAUCUCUUCGGACACAUUGAGCCCAAUCCCAGUGACACCCUAUGGCGCUUCUGUCGUGCAAGAGAAAGAUUGAAUAAAUGCCUGGUAUAUGGACUGCCUACAAUGCUUGCCACUUGGAUGUAUCUGGAUUCAGAUGGAUGGAAAGAGAUGUUUGCUGAUAUCCUUGGAGUUAGUAGCUAAUCUUAUGUAGCACAGUGUUUGAAGCCGGCCAAUAGAAAGUGUUAUGUUUAAAGAAAUUCACUCCAAUGUAGAGUAUAAAACUACUAGUAGAAUUGUGGACUGCUGCUAGCCUUAUGAGCCGCGUGAUUUCGUUGUUCUCGUUGCCAUAAAGAAGUGACAUGUUAACUGGAUGUUGUAAUCCGAAUCUAUUUCUCAUUAUAUGGUGUUA